AUGAGCACGGUAUGGAAGGCGGGGACCAAGGCUGCCCAGGCUGCCCCCCUCUCUAAAGCAGCCAGGUUACAUAUACAGCUCCGGGACCUACCCCGGUCUGCCCUCCCUUCGGACAUAAGACGAGUGAUUAAUAAGGCCAAGGUCGAGAAUGUUGCCGAUGUCACGUUGGACUACAAGAAAUUCGUGCCCACGGGGCGCGCCUACCUUACCAUGACCCACCCGGACUUCACGGAAUCCAACAUCCGAAAGCUCCACGGCCUUACGCUCACGUCCAUUCCUGUCACCGUUUUUACCUGCGAUCCUCCUCCCGGGGAUGCGCGGCCAAGCAGGAGCCGCGGUGUGCAGGGUCGCGCGGAGGCGGAGGAACGGGGGGUCAUCACAGGGAACGGGCCCAACGGCGGUAUCACGGGGAGGGGCAAGACGGUUGCGCUAUGGGGCCUACCUUGGAAGAUUACGUCGGAGCAGGUGAAGCUCAACCUGAAGGGCUUCCAGUUCGCGGCGAGUGGGGACGAGGUGUACAAGCUCGACAAGGCUGGCAUAGAGAAUCACUCGCAGUCGCGACAUAUUGUCCGCCUUGCGUCUGCUUCGGAGGCGCAUCGGCUCGUCAGACGGUUGCAUCUCACGUACUGGAGCAAGGAGAUGUACGGGACUAAGUUUCUCGUUCGGGCACGCGUAAUAUACUAA